GAUUUCUUGGCUGAUUUGUGGAGCUCGUUUUUCCCCUUCCGAUAUGUGGACUGGUUCAGCUUGAAUUUUCCAGCAGCCGUCUUCCAGCGUGUAAGAACGCCUUUUACUUCGGUCGGAUGUGAUUUGUGCCAGUGAGUGGAGGACUUGAAUUUCUUCGGUUUUUUCUUUGUACUUUUGAACAAAACCGUCUUUUUUUAUUGGCGUUGGCGCCAAAGACGCUGGCUCCUUGUUGCGGGUUCUGAAUGGUUUUCUAUCUGGCUAUUAGAGUCUUAAGGCGAGCUUGUUGUUGAGAUGUAGUGUCAUUUUUGCUUGAAGAUUUAUUAGUGGAAUCAAUUCAGUGAACCAUACGUUGUGCAGUGGAAUUGGUUGGUUUGGAAUUAACAGCAAGAAGAUACAUACUACGGAAAUAUUUGGAAGCAGUGGAGAUAAUUAGGCAUAACGAAAGGGUGUGCAUUAACAAAACUCACAAGAAUUUGGUGACGGCGUGUGCGUGUUCGUUUUUAAAAGUACACGAGUGGAGUAUUGUGGUUACGUAAAUGUAUAGUCGCGACAGCAUCAAUUUUAACGUUGGUCAGGAACAGUGACGGUUACAAUCCGAGGAAUUGGCCCGUCAACAUUUUGUAACAAUGAUUGAUCAACAUCAGCAACAUAAUUAUUUUCCCAUGGAAAUGAAAUGUACGAUGCCGAACGGACUAGUUGGUGAUGGUCUUGUCGGGCUACCGCCAGCAAAUGAAAAUAACAACAAUUUAAACAACGUCAUCAAUAACAACAGUGGAAACACCGCCGGACCCAAUAGUGGUGCCAACAACAAUAGUUGUAGUGCUGGUAAAACAUCCUCACUACAAGCAACCUGUUCACCGGUGCAAUCAACCGCAGCUGUGACCACACCGCCAACGUCCGGACCAAUGCCGGCCAUGGGUGCAUCGCUGGCCGAACGCUUGGUGGCUGCCGUCGGGGUGGGCGCGGCGGCGGCAACCGUUGAAGCCUUGUCGACAACCCAAUCGAGUGCGACGACAACAGGCUCGGGAAAUGCAACCGCCACCUCCCUUUGCGGUCAAUGCUGCAGCCCCAUCUGCGAUCGAUACAUAAUGAAAGUUGUGGACAUAUCGUACCAUGAACGCUGUUUGCAGUGCACUUCCUGUGCCAUCCGGUUGAUGCAUUCAUGCUUCAUGCGGGACGGAAAGUUGUACUGUCGGUUCGACUACGAGAGAUUGUACGGCCGGAACAGAUGUCUGGGAUGUGGUGAAAAGAUUGGUGCGGACGAGUUAGUAAUGCGAGCGUUAGAUAAUGUGUUCCAUCUCAAGUGCUUUAUCUGCGUUGUCUGCGGCGUACGGCUGCAGAAGGGCGAUCAGUACGUCAUCAAGCAGAGCCAGCUGUUCUGCCGGCCGGACUACGAGAAGGAAGUGGAAAUGUUCCAAGGAUACAAUUACGAUGAUUAUUGCUGUGAUGAUAUUUUUCAAACGAGAAUCGACGGCCGACGUGGGCCGAAACGGCCUAGAACGAUUCUCACCACGCAACAACGGAGGGCGUUCAAAGCAUCAUUCGAAAUAUCGCCCAAGCCGUGUCGAAAGAUUCGGGAAGGGUUAGCCAAAGAUACCGGACUAAGCAUACGAAUAGUGCAGGUGUGGUUUCAAAAUCAGCGUGCCAAGAUGAAAAAGAUGCAGAAAAAGCAGCUCAAGGAUGGCAAUAAGGGGAAUCAUAACAGCAACAACAAAGGAAACGAUUCACAGGAUGAGUUGUCCGAAAGUGAGUCGAAGCUUUCUCUCAAAAUCAAGGAUGAAAACUCAAGAUCCAACAAUUAUCUUCACGACAGCUGUAGUGACACCGAAGGGGGUGUCAACGAUGGUGAUUCCUUUGGAUCUCGGAUAAGUGCAGGUGCAGAGGCAUUCAAGCCGGUGAAAGAAGAGCUCGAUAUGGACGAGGAGUAUUUUCGCAUGAUGACCGCCGCCACGCGGUUUGGAGGGAAAUCUUACGGAGAUCCCUCGAACAUUGUGAAAAGUGAAAAUAUUCCACUUAACACAAUGAUCGGCAUGGAGUACCCUUCGCUGCAACAACUGACAACAACGCUGACCCCUGCCCACGCUCAACUGUUAAACCCGAUUGACAGGCUUUACUCAAUGCAAAAUUCAUACUUUUGUGGUCCGGAUAACGGAGCCACGCCACCGGGCAGCAACGGAUCCGACCAACCACCACCCAAUAACAGUAUGCACCACUCCCAUCAUCCGGGUUCGAGUGCUCUCCAUCACCAUCAGGGGUCACCGUCGAACACCGGAACACUGACUGGGUCCGCGUUGCACCAUCCUCUUCAACCAGCGGUACCGCCGACGCUACUACUUCCCGGUCAUCCGCUACAUCCACUUCAACAGCAGCAGCAGCACCACCAUCACCACUCCCAUCGCCAACAGCAACAGCAGCAGUAAAUCAAUCAAGUCGCGUCGAACAUGUGACUGCAGAAUAUACAACAAGUGGACACGAUCCUUGUUUCCUGAAAGAGGGAAAUCGUUGCAUGCGGUUCACAAUAGGACCGAUCUAUAAUAUCGGCAAAAACAUUUUGAUAAUUUGGAGGAAGCUCAAAUGAAAUUGUGGUCUUCUUGGACUUGUUCGUACUGUUGACCUACAAUCAAUGUCGAGAAAGAAAUUAACAAAAACAUGUUAAAUUAAAAUACAAAUGAAUAACGUUUUCUUCUUGUUAGGUUCUAUAUUAUACUAGUCGACCCGGUAGACGUUGUCCUGCAAAGUAUUCGAAUCAAUUUUUACUAUUUACUUAACUUUACUCGUAAUGUUCACUUGAGGAAACUAGAAUGAACAUAUUUGUAGAAGGAAUAAAGAAUAUCCAUCCAGUCGUUUUCAAAGCAUUCGGAUACGAACUCACACCAUUUCAUCUUUAUAUAUAUAGAUAUGGGCGAAAAAUACUUUGACUACAAAAUGCAAAUUCCCUAAACGAAGAUCCAUUAUUUAAAUAACGCUGACAUUGGCCAUUUUCAGCCACCUCCCUCCUAUGUCACACUUUUUGUAUGAAACAUCUGAAAAUUUUGUUUGGACUACAGGCAACCAUCCCCCUAUGAGCGUUACCUAAUUUAUGGAUUUUUCCUAAUCUAACUAAAAGGUAAAUAUCAAUUUGUUUUCGUUCAUUUUGAUGUGAACAUUUGUAGUGCAUCUAUUUGAGCUUAUUAUAUACUUAAAACUUGUUAUUAUCCGUAACAAACAAAAAUAACUAGUACACAACAUACAGAAAACAACAUCAUUAUACCUAUACAUUUUUUGAUCCACAAAUCUGUUCUGCCAUAGCCGUAAUCACACUCGAAGAUUGUGGGACAACAUGAUGAACAUUUCCUCUAAAAAUACCAUAUCCAUGUUGGUUAAACAAAAUACUCAUUCAGGUUCGAAAAGCUUUCAAGAAUUGUUCUUCCGAACGGUCCCAUUGUGCGCGCGGUCUCGAUUGUAAAAAAGCAACAAAAUGUUAAUCGAUUUAUCGUAACAUAUUACAUAUAAACAGAGGGGCAAUUAUGCUAAUCAAUACACACUAUCGGCGAUGUGGAAACGAUUGAUAUAUGUAGCGACGGCGGAAAUGGACGACACCGUGCAAACUUCCCAAUUGGCGCCCAUCGUUGCUUGCGCGAGAAGGGGAUAUGUAUUUAUUUCCUAAAUUGAUUCGAAGCGAACGACGCGUCGAGCUUGAUUGGUGAUUGAGAUUGAUGAGCGGUUGAUUUACAGUCGCUGGGGGUAAAUCUGAUGAAAGUGUUUAAUCCUUUCGGAGACUAUUAUUCGACAGGUAAUAUGACAGGAGCACGUGGAAACGAUUGUUUUGCAAUGUGUGAUUGCAAGUAAUGAUAACGUUUAUGGUUGUGCCAUUCGUUGACUAAAUGCUAGCUGUGUUCGAUAAAUGUGUACAAACGUAAAAUUCUGAUUAGGAUAUCUAAAUUGUUGUUCAAAGAAUGCUUAAAAUUGUGUAGCCGA